CCCCAUGGCUUCCGCCGCCGCAAAUCUCCCGUGGAAUAAGAAGAAGCCUGAUUGGUCGAAGCUCCAGUACGGUAUUGGCCGCUGCAAACGCUGCCGGGAACUUGAUAAACUGAAACCCAAGCCCGACGAGAACGAUUACAUAUGGCAGGACGAAGAUUUCGGGGGCGACGAAGAACUAAUGCUAUGGGUCAUUCAUUACCGGAGGAAAUGCGAGGUCACCGGUGUACAAGGGGGAGCGAUAGGUGGAGGUCCA